AUGGAAACAGUUUCUUAAUAAAUUAAACAAUUGAAUCAGAAAAAUCAAGAGCUCUCAGUCUUAGAGAACCGAAUAGUCUAAUUGAAACAAUAAUUGAAUUUGCAAUAGGCAAACAAUAAUAUCUUAAAAACUAAAGUAGAUAAGAUAGUUCACUCCAAAAAACAAAAGUUUUAUGAUUAAAUGAAGGUAACUUCAUUACUAACAGAAUUUAGCUGAAACAAAUACUCCAGGAUAAUGCUGUAAAUAAUGACUAAGCUUAAUAUAUGAUUCAAAGAAAUAAAGUUUUAUUGAAUGAAGAACUAAGGCAAACUAAAUAGGAUAUGUUGGAAGAAAAGUAUCUUCAAACCCAAUAGAUGAAAUAAAAAUUAGAUUUGGACAUGCUUAUUAAUUAAAAAAAAAGAGAUCAAUAACUCUUAGAGAAGUAGUAAUAAUACGCAAAAGUACUCAAAUAAUUUUAUCUGAUAGAUUUCAGAGUGGGAAUUUAAUCUUAAACUUGAUUUAAAAUAAAGACAAAUAGAUAAAAUUGACAGAAUCAGAUCCGAAGAAAAGGAAUUCAAAGAACAAUUAGCAAAAAGAAUAUUGGAAUAACAACAGCUCUGUGAUUAAUUGACCAAUGAAGAAUAAAGAUUGCUAAGGUAUUUUUCAUUGCAAAUUUAUGAAGCAAAUUAAAACAUUCCCAAUAGUUUGGAACCUCCCUUAAAAAUGAUCUAACAACUGCUAUGCAUUUAAGUAUAAAGGAGUAUAAAAAUAAUAUGUCCGUGUCAAUGCCCACUCAUAUUAAAUCUUAUAGUUCAUCUAAAUUACCAAAGGAACAAUAAAACAGUCCAUAUGCCCAAUUGCCUACUAUGCUAAUGAUGAAAAUAAAUGGAUAAAUCAAUAAGAGCAAAAAUGAAAACUCUUUUUAUCGUGAAAAUAUUAUGAAAGGUUAUCAAUUUUCUCUGCCUUCUCUUUGUAAGCCUUCCUUUACAGAAUAGUAACAUCAAGUUGAACGGCUUUAUUAAUCCAAAACAGUGAAGAAUAGCAAAUCAGAUUUGCAGUAGAUACUGAGUUAUUGUGAUUCUACUGGUAAAAUAGAAUAGAAAUAAAAACAUCGUGUGAAUUAAAGUGAAAUAUUAAAAAAUUAGAUGAGUAAUUAUUCGAUAAAGGAAAAUAAAUAGAACUAACAUGAGUAAGAAUAAAGUAAAUAGCAAUCAACAGAAGAAAUGAAAAAUAACAAGGAAUAAGAAACAUCAAAUCAGAAUUAAUAAGAAGAAUAAUAAUGA